AUGAGGUUCUCCGGUCCAUUCCUGACCCUUCUGGGUCUGGGAUUCACUGCCCAAGCAUACGAUAACCCUUUAGUCUCCCUCGAUUACGGAUCCUUCCAAGGUCAGUAUGACACCACAUACAAUCUCUCAUACUUCCGCAAGAUCCCAUUUGCCGCAAAGCCCACUGGCGAGAAUCGGUUCCGCGCCCCUCAGCCACCGCUGAAGGUCACCGGCGUCUAUGAUACAAACCAAGACUUCGAUAUGUGCCCACAGCGCACAUUUAAUGGUACCGAGGACUGUCUCUAUCUAGGUCUAUUUUCACGGCCAUGGGAGGUCUCUCAAAGCAUUAAGAGGCCAGUUUUGGUGGUAUUCUAUGGCGGCGCAUUCAUCCAAGGAAGUGCAGCAUUCACAAUGCCGCCAUCGUCAUUCCCCAUCCUCAAUGUUACUAAUGUCAACGACUACGUUGUCAUCUACUCAAACUACCGAGUCAACGCCUUUGGGUUUCUCCCAGGAAAAGCAAUCAAAAACUCCCGAACCUCGGAUCUCAACCCUGGCCUACUGGACCAACAAUACGUUCUUAAAUGGGUCCAGCGGCACAUCCACCAUUUCGGCGGAGACCCUCGCAACGUAACGAUCUGGGGUCAAUCAGCUGGAGCAGGCUCAGUCGUUGCCCAAGUCCUCGCCAACGGCCGAAACGGCCAACCCAAACUCUUCUCCAAGGCUCUUGCCAGCUCACCAUUCUGGCCAAAGACUUACGCCUACGACGCCCCGGAAGCAGAAGCUAUUUACACAAAGCUAGCCAAUCUAACCGGGUGUACCAGCACGCAUGAACACAAGACACUUGCUUGUCUCAAAUCAGUGGAUGUGCAGAAGAUCCGGGAUGCGAACCUCGUUAUCUCUGCGAGCAAUACCUGGACAACGAGCUCGUAUACCUGGGCACCAGUUAUAGAUGGGAGUUUUCUCGUCGAGACGCUGACUGAAACAGUCAAUCGCGGUGGCGUGAAUACGCAGUUCGUUUGGGGAAUGUUCAAUACCCAUGAAGGAGAGAAUUUCAUCCCACCUGGCUUGGCGAGUGAAGAUGGAGAUGGAUUCAAUUCCUCCAUUGCAAGUUUCCAUGAUUGGUUGAUUGGGUUCAUGCCUGGAUUGUCACAGGAACAAAUCGACCAGGUUGAAACUGUUUAUUACCCGGCUGUUGGAACUACAGAAACCACGGAGUAUAACACCUCGUAUGUGCGGGCUGGUUUGGUCUAUCGAGACGUCGUCCUUGCCUGUCCGGCUUAUUGGAUUGCGUCUGCUGCUUCAAAGAAGGGGUAUCUGGGGGAAUAUACGAUUUCACCGGCGAAGCAUGGGAGUGAUACUAUUUAUGCAAGUUCUUUGAGGUAUGCGGGUGCUUUUGCGAGUUUCUUUCAGACGGGGGAUCCGAAUGCGCACAAGGUUACCAAUUCCUCGGUACUAGGUGUGCCUGGGCUUAAGGCUACUGGGAAAGAAUUUGUUGUUGUGGAUGAUGGGUUUGAGAACGUCGAGCUUGUGGAGUUGAAGAGUAGAUGUGACUUUUGGCGUAAAUUGGGUAGGCAGAUACCAGUUUAA